CCGCUCAGCGUGGAGCCGGACCCGGAGCGCAGCCUCCUGACUCUGCCUGAGCAGGCCUGCCCAGCAAGCUGGGACAUGUCUGGUCCCCAAGGGCAGUCGGUGGGCGAUGGCAGCAGUGACGGACAGGCUAGCGACAGAAGAUGCGACAGAAGAUGUGGUCCGAGGCCCAGAGGAGGCUGCUGCAGCUCGGGCCGUGGAGGCAGAGCCCCUUCUACACAGGAACCUCCUAAACCUGAGCCUGCACCCAGGGGGCUGCCGCCACCUGCUGCACCUGUGUGCCCAGCAGUCCCCGGAGGAGCUGCAGCGGCUGAGAUUCCUGCGGCUGGGCACCCACGAGGACCCUGGGCUCCUGGAAGCCGCACUGGCCCAGCUGCCCAGCAGGCUGCCCCAACUCUAUUCCUUGAUGCUCUUAGGUGGGCAGCAGCAAGACUCAGAGGGUUACCGCCUGCGGGGCAACCUGACCUCGCUGCCCUCCUGCCUGAGUGGCCUGGCCCACCUGACGCACCUGGACCUGAGCUUCAACAAGCUGGAGACGCUGCCGGCCUGCGUCUCGCAGCUGCCCUGCCUGGACACUCUGCUGAUCUCUUACAACGACUUCUCCGAGCUCCCAGUCUCCUUCCCCGCCCUCACCUUCUACGCUGCCGUCCACAACUACCUGCAGAUGGUGCCGGCGGCACUGGGCACGCUGUCUACCCUUCAGCGCCUCGAUCUCUCCGAUAACCUUCUGGACACGCUGCCCCCUGAGAUCGGGGACCUGAGCAACCUCGUUGAGCUCAACCUGGCCCGCAACCGACUGGGGAGCCUCCCGGACUCCCUGACGAAACUGCACUCGCUGCGGCUCUGUGUCCUGUUCAGCAACCUCCUGACCUCGCUGCCCAUCGGCCUCACCCGCCUCCCGCUGCUCACCCGGCUUGACCUGAGGGCCAACAAGCUACGGGAGGUGCCCCCUGAGUACCUGGAUGCCCCCUGCGUGCAGCUGCAGGAGAACCCCUUGGGCAGGCCCCCCCCGGAUCCCCCGAGCCCCCCAGGGACACCUGUGGUUCCCGAAAUGCCCAGCCUCUUCUUGACCUCGGAAUUGGACAGCUUCCUGGUGACCCCCCAAGGCUGCUCAGUGACCCUGGCUUGCGGCUUCCGCCUGUACUUCCCUGAGGGGGCCACUGCCACCCCCAUCACCAUCCACUACCGACUGUGGCUGCCGGAGCCGCGCCUGGUGCCUCUAGGGCCACACGACACGCUGCUCAGCCACGUCCUGGAGCUGCAGCCCCACGGGGUGGCCUUCCAGCAGGACGUGGGCCUCUGGCUGCUCUUCUCGCCCCCUCGGGCCCGGCGGUACCGUGAGGUGGUGGUCAGGACGCUGAGUGAGGACAGCUGGACAGACCUGGAGACCCAUCUGGAGGGCGUGGUGGCCUCCAAGCGGCUGUGGGCUCGCUGCCAGGUGCCUCACUUCUCCUGGUUCCUAGUGGUCUCCCGGCCAGUGUCCAAUACCUGCCUGGUGCAGCCAGAGGGGGCGCUGCUCCUGUCCUCGGUGCACCCCGGGAUCAAGGUGGUCUUCCCUCCGGGGGCCACCGAGGAGCCUCGCCGUGUGCGGAUGCAGGUGGUGCAUGUGGCCAGCCUGGAUCUGGAAGCGCUGCUGGGGGACCCGGAGGCGGCCAUGAGUCCCCUGUUGUGCCUUUGGCAGGACAGCGUCCCUGACUUCCUUCAGCCCAUCACCAUCCAGCUGCCUCUGCCCCCUGGUGUCACAGGCCUGAGUCUGGACCGCUCCUGCUUGCACCUGCUGUACCGGGCCCCUCCCUCGGCCACCUGGGAUGACAUCACCAUGCAGGUAGCCCUGGAGCUCACACACCUGUACGCCCGCUUCCAGGUCACACACUUCUCCUGGUACUGGCUGUGGUACACCACCAAGACCUGUGUGGGGGGCCUGGCACGCAAGGCCUGGGAGCGGCUGCGGCUGCACCGGGUGAACCUCAUUGCCUUGCAGAGACGCCGGGACCCCGAGCAGGUGCUGCUGCAGUGCCUUCCCCGAAACAAGGUGGAUGCCACGCUGAAGCGGCUGCUGGAGCGGUACCGAGGGCCUGAGCCUUCUGACACUGUAGAGCUGUUUGAAGGCGAGAAGUUCUUCGCUGCCUUUGAAAGAGGCAUCCAUGUGGAUGCUGAGCGCCCAGACUGUGUGGAGGGCAGGGUGUGCUUUGUCUUCUACUCACACCUGAAGAAUGUGAAGGAGGUGUAUGUGACCACGGCCCUGGACCGGGAGACUCAAGCCGUGCGGGGUCAGGUGUCCUUCUACCGUGGUGAAGUCCCCACUGAGGUGCCCGAGGAGGCUGAGGCUGCCCGGCAGAAGAAGGCUGCCGACACCCUGUGGCUGGCCACCCUGCCCAUCAAGCUGCCGAGACUUCGCCGGUCCCAAGGGCCAGGGCUGGGGCCAGAGCAGGGGCCGGGGGCCAGCCUCUCCUUAGAGCCUCUGAACCUGGGUGACCCGGAGAGUGGCUUCCUCACCCAGGGCAACUUGCUCUGUGUGGGCAAGCGCCUGGGCCCCGACUGGCAGGCUGUGGCCUUGAACCUGGGCCUGUCCUACAGUGAGUUGCAGCGUAUCCGGCAUGAGUUCCGGGAUGACCUGGACGGACAGAUCCGCCACAUGCUCUUCUCCUGGGCUGAGCGGCAAGCCGGGCGGCCAGGCGCUGUGUGGCUCCUGGUGCAGGCCCUGGAGCAGAGUGACCGGCAGGAUGUGGCUGAGGAGGUGCGAGCCAUCCUGAAGCUCGGCCUCCAGAAGUUUCAGGCCAACAUCCAGCGCUUAGGCCUGGCCCCUUCGGACCCCAGCCCUCCCUGCACCUCCACAGCACAGUCCCCAGAGCCCACCCAGGCUUAGGCUGGGCUGGUCCCCGGCCCUGCCCUCUGCCCCCAAGGGGUCUGGUGACCCCUCCUUCAACAAUGAGCACCCACCAUUCUG